CACUUACCACACAGCACCAUCAAAUCUGAUCCGGGUGCAGACUAAAGACAGACCAGUAGGCAGGUGUAUUCUUUGUUUGUCAGCAGACCUCCACAAUGAACAACAGCAACGUUGAAUUUGAACCUUUUCAAUAUUCUUACUAUGACUACUCAGACUGGUACUCCAACAACCCGGAGCCAACAAAACCUCCCAAAGAAGUGAUUUUACCAUGUGAUCCAACAGCGGAUGAUAGAAUCUUUCACAUCUGCAUACUCAGUCUAUCUCUAGUGGUCAUGUUAAUCCUGGCAGCACUCAGCAGGAGAAAUAAACUCUGCCAAGGAUUUACAAGAGGAUCCUCCAGCAUCUUUAGUCCAACCAACUUCCUGGAUCAGACACAGAAAAAAGGUGUAACGAUGGCCGUGUUUGGACUGGUGUUCAGCAAGCUGGCCAUGCUGGUGAUUGCUCCCGACCCUUUGCCGUUCUCCAAAGAUACUCCAUCUGAAAUCAAAGAGUACAUGAAGAUAAUGGCCAUCUUCUACUACCCAAUUCUCUACUACCCUCUGAUGGUUUGUAGUACUCUGCAUCACAGAGCAGCAUAUGUGUUUGGGACUCUGCUCUCCAUCAGCCAUUUUGGAGUUCAGCUGUGGCAGAAGUUUGACUGUCCAAAGACUCCAGAGAUCUAUAAGUUCUACUCUUUGCUUGCCACUUUACCUCAGCUGGCCUGCCUGGCUUAUCUUUGCAUCCAAUUUCCUCUGCUGUUCUUCAGAGGAACAAAGACUGAAGAGGAUCUUGACAGCAGCUACUACAGUGACUAUGUGAAGUCACUGCUAAGGAAAAAGAAGUCUUCAGCAGUCAGCUCCUGCUCAUCUGACAAACCGACACUGAUGGAGAGACUACUGGAAGUGCCGAAGAGUUAUAUUUACAUACCAGAAAAAGUGUUCCGUUUCCCACUAAAGCUGGCGGUGUCAGUGUUUGUGGCUUUUGUGGCAAUAUAUCAUACAGCACUGUUGUUGGUGGUGUCGGUAGUCCCAACUCUCCAUAUAGUCCGUGCUGGUAUUGAUGAGAACAUUGCCUUCCUCUUAUUGGGAUUUGGGAUCAUCCUCUCAGAUGACAGAAUGGAGGUCGUCCAAAUUGUGACUUUCUAUACUUGGUUGCUAGAAGUGUGCUACCUUUGUGCAAUGACCCUAUCUUGUGUGGUCAGUCUGGUCAUGCUCAUGAGGACCAUGGUACUUCACAGAUCAAACCUGAGAGGACUGUACAAAGGAGAAAUCUACAACCUUUAUAACAGUCAGAAGAGCUGCCGUCCGUCAAAGUCUGGUGUUGUCUGUUGGAUGGGCUUCACUGGAUACCAAGCUGCAAUCGUCUGUCUUGGUAUGGCAAUCCAGACUCUCGUGUUUUUCAUCUGCUUCUUGUUCCUGGUUUUCCUUGUUAUCGUACCCAUCUUUUAUGGGCGCAACGUUAUCGUUUUUGAAAUUGCCGGGAAAGCCUGGCCAGCAUGGGUCACAGUCAUCCUGAUCACAGUCCUUCAACACGUCGCGGCCAAGUUUGCUUUUGUCAAAAAAGAAGCAGGCACAAGAGACUUAAACAACAGAGAGAGUUUGUUUCUUUUGACGUAUCUCCUGUUUCUGGUCAACACCGUGGUGGGAGUGAUCGUGGCCAUAUGGAGGAUGGUCAUAACUGCACUCUACAACAUUGUGCAUCUCGGGCGUGUUGACAUCAGCCUGCUGCACCACACUGCAGAGUCCUAUGACCCAGCGUACCAUUACUACACACAGUCCCUGAAGGUGGAGGUGAGCCAGUCACAUCCGGUGAUGAAGGCUUUCUGUGGGCUGCUGCUGGACAUGAUGGUAGAAGGUGGACGAGUGGGGCAGAAAAUACGAGACGCAGAGGAAGCCUGCUCCAUCAUGUUUUCAGGGAUCCAGGAAAGCUCUCAGAGCAAGUCGGCCAGCAGUCGUACUAUUCGCUCUCGUUGGCAGCUGGUCUACACUUUGGUCAACAACCCCUCCCUGUUGGGUUCAAGGAAACACUUCCAAGCAAUGCAGACCUCUGAGAGCCUCUUGAAUGGGACCCCGAAACGUAGCAAACAGACAAGCAGCAAGAGGGAAGUUGAUAGGACAUCCAGUGAUUCUGCCCAGGUCAGCGAGAACCAGGAUAAACCAGAAUGAGACCAUGGACCAUGUCAAGUAGUCAAAUUAAAGACUUCUAAUAAGUCUAACAGUAAAGGUAGAAGGUUGGAUUUUUGAGAAGACAUUGGUUGGCCAUAUAUAGAUAUAGACUAGAUAGUCUAGAUAUUGGAUUCCAAUGAUUCUUCUUUAAGAAAUAAAA